CGCGGGAAAGCUGGUUCUUUGGCGUCCAAUGAAAAGCAGAGUUACUGGCAGAGGGCGUGUCCCUGCAUCCAGACACGGGAUCUGCCCCUGGUACCCUGACUGAGAGAUAACCUGCCAGACCGCCCGGGCUGUCACUGGCGAACAUGGCGCUCCGUUAAUGGGCUGAGGUCAGACUGCCUCUCCUACUGAUAAUACCUUGUUAUACCCAAUAUACAGCUCUGCAUGGCCCCCCUGCUCUCCCCCCACCCAAUAUACAGCUCUGCAUGGCCCCCCUGCUCCCCCCACCCAAUAUACAGCUCUGCAUGGCCCCCCUGCUCCCCCCACCCAAUAUACAGCUCUGCGCCUUGCUCUCCCCACCCAAUAUACAGCUCUGUGCAUGGCCCCCUGCUCUCCCCACCAAUAUACAGCUCUGCAUGCUCUGCAUGCCCCCUGCUGCCCCACCUAAUAUAUAGCUCUGCAUGGCCCCCUGCUACCCCCACCCUAAUAUAUAGCUGCAUGGCCCUGCUCCCCCUGCUCCCCCACCUAAUAUAUGACUCUGUAGGCCCCCCUGCUCCCCACCCAGUAUACAGCUCUGCAUGGCCCCCCUGCUACCCCCACCUAAUAUAUAUAGCUCUGCAUGGCCCCCUGCUCCCCCACAGUAUAUAGCUCUGCAUGGCCCCUGCUCCCCACCUAAUAUAUAGCUCUGCAUGGCCCCCUGCUCCCCACCAGUAUACAGCUCUGCGGCCCCUGGCCCCUGUAUACAGCUCUGCAAAGCCCCUGCUACCCCACCUAAUAUAUGGCUCUGCAUGGCCCCCUGCUCCCCUGCCUGCCCCUGCUCCCCCACCCCACCUAAUAUAUGGCUCUGCAUGGCCCCCUGCUCCCCACCCACAUGACUUGCAUGGCCCCUGCUGCCCCCACCUAAUAUAUAGUGCAUGGCCCCUGCUCCCCACAGCUAUAUAUAUGCUCUGGCUGGCCCCUGCAUGGCCCCCCUCCCCACCUCUGCAAAACCCCCUGCUCUCCCCCACCAAUAUGCUCUGCAUGGCCCCCUGCUCCCCCACCCAAUAUACAGCUCAUGGCCCCCCCCCACCCAAUAUACAGCUCUGCAAAACCCCCUGCUCUCCCCCACCCAAUAUACAGCUCUGCGCCCCCAUACCCCCCACCCAAUAUACAGGUCUGCAUAGCCCCCUACCCCCACCAAUAUACAGGUCUGCAUAGCCCCUGCUCCUCCCCACCCAAUAUCUGUGCUCUGCAUGAGCACCCUCCCACCCCCCCCACCCAAUAUACGGCUCUGCAUGGCACCCCUGCUAUCCCCCACCCAAUAUACGGCUCUGCAUGGCACCCCUGCUAUCCCCCACCCAAUAUACGGCUCUGCAGGGCACCCCUGCUAUCCCCCACCCAAUAUACGGCUCUGCAGGGCACCCUUGCUAUCCCCCACCCAAUAUACGGCUCUGCUUGGCCCCCUGCUAUCCUCCACCCAAUAUACAGUUCUGCUUGGCACCCCUGCUCUCCCAUCCAAUAUACAGCUCUGCAUGGCACCCCUGCUCUCCCACCCAAUAUACAGCUCUGCAUGGCACCCCUGCUACCCCUCACCCAAUAUACAGCUCUGCAUGGCUCCCCUGCUACCCCUCACCCAAUAUACAGCUCUGCAUGUUAUUCCUAUUUUAACCCCAUCCAAUAUACAGCUCUGCAGGGCACCCAUGCUGCCCAUCACCCAAUAUACAGCUCUGCAUGUUUUUGUUUUACCCUCACCCAGUAUACAGCUCUGCAUUGCACCCUGCUGCCCCCCAUCCCUUAUAGAUCAUUACAUGACUACCUUGCUGCCCAUGUACAGCUGCACACAGCACUUUUCUACCUCCCGAUGUAAUAUACUAUAUAUACAAAGAUGCCAAUAUAUAGCUCUCCACCGCAACCCUGGUGUCUCUGAUCUUUGCAUAGCAUUCCUGCUGCACAAAGCUAUUAUAGAUGUGACAUCUAUGUGUGGCAUCACUUUGGCCCUUUGCAUUGCAUUCCUGUUUUCAUUGUGUUAAAAUAUAGCUAUGUAUUCCAGUUCUGCUUCCCUUGAGUUGAUAUAAGGUCUGCAUGUCAUCCUUGCCUCCACUGAAGCAAUAUACAGCAAUGAAUGGCAUUCUUGCAGACCCAGGACUAAUAUACUGCUCUCUAUGGCAUUCCUGCUUGCUAUUGGCUAAUUUACUGCUCUCUAUGGCAUUCCUGCUGGCCGUGGGCUAAUAUACUGCUGGCUGUGGGCUAACAUACUGCUCUCUGUGGCAUUCCUGCUGGCUGUGGGCUAACAUACUGCUCUCUGUGGCAUUCCUGCUGGCUGUGGGCUAAUAUACUGCUCUCUGUGGCAUUCCUGCUGGCUGUGGGCUAAUAUACUGCUCUCUGUGGCAUUCCUGCUGGCCCUGGACUAUUAUAUUGCUCUCUAUGGUAUUCAUGCUGGCCAUGGGCUAAUAUACUGCUCUCUAUGACAGUUUUACUGGCCAUGGGCAUUCAUGUGCUCCCUGAAACAAUAUUUAGUUCUGCAUGGCAUCUCUGCAGGCCAUGAGCCCAAUAUACAGCAUUGUGUGGUAUCCCUGUUGACACUGAGCUAAAAUAUCAGACUUCCUGGAAUCCUGCUGGGCUUGAGCUAAUAAUAUACAUCUCUGGAUGUCAUCCUUGCAGCCCUGUGCCAGUAUACAGCCCAUCAUAGGAUUCCUAGCAUACUCCUCUUCUUGGCAGCCAUGCAGUCUCUCUUAGCCAGUAUACAGCUAUACAUGUCAGUCCAGAUGCCCCUGUGCCAAUAUACAGCUCUGCAUGUCAUCCCUGCUGCAUUAUAUAACUUUUCUUUGUGUCCUGAGCUGACAUUCAGAACUGCACGGCAUCCAUGCUGCCCCUGUCUAUACACAUCUCCCCUGAAAUAUAUGAUGACCUGUGUUAUAUCAAGCAAUGACCUCUAUGUAAGGUGUCCUCCAUAUUUUUCAUUGCAGGCUAGUCCAGGGAUGUGUGACCUAGUGCAGAGGCUGCUGGUAACAGCACAGACAUGAGUAACCGUAACGUGACAUCGCCUCUGUAUUUUGGAGUCACUGUGGCGGCUGAUUCAAGCACAUCCACAAACAGCACCAAAGGUUUAGACUCCAGUGGGGCACCCACCAUGGGCACCUGGCUGCUGUCCCUUGGCAUUGCCACUGUGAUCGGACUGAUUUUGGCAAUGGUGUGUGACUAUGGAAAGUAUGGUACCUGAACUGCUGACAAAACCGUAUAGUGCACAAAUUAUGUACACAUUAUUUAUACACAAAGUAGAUGAUCAUUUCAACAUACAAUGUGCAUCGGGACAUAUCCCAUAUCUAAUGACUGAAAAUGCCACGGUAUAUUUUUAUGUAGCAGGGUUAAAUUAUCCACUUUUCAAUAGCCAUAGGUGAGUGAAAGUUCAGCCUUGGCAAGCAGUGUGGCAAAGUGCAACUACUGCAUACAUACUAGCUACCCCCAAUUAUACAGUACAUCUAUACUUUAGUAAAACAAACACUCUUAAUAAUAAUAAUGAUGAAGAUAUAACCAAUCCAUUAAAUAGCUCAAAUACAUCUCUAGUUUGUCUAUCAUUUUUGUUUCUACCUAGUCAUUUCUGUUGGAGAAAUGUGUUUACUUUUGAUCCAAUUGAUAAGCAUUUCAUGGUAUGAUAUUUAUCAUUUUUUUUGUUUGUCUUUUUGAAGCCUUUAAAGUAUAUCUAUCUUAGAGUAGAAAUUGUACAAUAUCCCAUUGGGAACAGUAUUGAGAUUACAGAAUGCUGAGAGCAGAAGUGUGCAUAGCUAUUGGGAGGUAGAAAUGUUUAUUUCUCCAUUUGUUACAAAUUUUAAUUUGUUACACUGAUCCCCAACAGGCCAAGUGUUAUCAGUAUUGCCAAUGGAAUAGAACUGGGCCUAAAUCCUGGAGUGCUGGUCGAAUCAUUGUUAUGAUAUGGCACAAUGUCAUUUAUGGCAUUGAUUUAAUAUUUUUGUUGACACUUUUCAAAUGAUUUAAUAUUUUUGGAUAAACUGAAAAUUUUAUCUAUCUAUCUAUCUAUCUAUAUCAUGUAAAUAACAUAUCAAAACAUUAAAGGACCACUAUAGGCACCCAGACCACUUCAGCUUAAUGAGGUGGUCUGGGUGCCUGGUCCAUCUAGGAUUAACCCUUUUUUUUUAUAAACAUAGCAGUUUCAGAGAAACUGCUAUGUUUAUGUUAAGGUUAAUCCAGCCUCUAGUGGCUGAAAAUCACAGCGAGAGGACGCCAGCGUCCAUAAGAAAGCAUUGUAAAUGCUUUCCUAUGAACUGGCUGAAUGCGCGCACGCGACUCCAACCGAUGACGUCGCUAUGGAGGAGGAGAGGAGGAGGAGAGCUCCCCACCCGGCACUGGAGAAAGAGGUAAGUUUAACCCCUUCCUCUCCCCAGAGCCCGGCGGGAGGGGGACCCUGAGGGUGGGGGCACCCUCAGGCCACUAUAGUGCCAGGAAAACAAGUAUGUUUUCCUGGCACUAUAGUGGUCUUUUAAAACAUUUUUCAAAAUAUUAAAUCAUUUAAAAAGCUUACACAAAACUAUUAAAUCAAGAGCUAUAUUGGAAAAAAGGGUAAAAGUAUACGCUAAGCACCUCAACUACUUUAGAUUAAUGAAGCAAUUUUGGUGUAUAGGUUAUACCCUUGCAGUGUCACUAUUUAAUUAUUUGCCAUUUAGGAGUAAAUCCUUUUUACUUCUGUUUAUGUAGCUCCAGCCACACUUCCCUGGUCUGUGACUCACACAGUCUCUGUGAAAGAAAGGUUUAAAUUUCAGUCAUAUCUUACAGUACAUUGUGUUUUAGUCUAGAAGUUUGUCUCCUGCUCUGUUAAUUGAGCUUUAAUCACAUAUAGGAGGCUCUAGUAGACAAUUAACAGGGCGGGAUGUGGAAAAUUCAAAAUGAAACAUACCGUAUUUUCCGGUGUAUAAGACGACUGGGCGUAUAAGACGACCCCCAACUUUUCCAGUUAAAAUAUAGAGUUUGGGAUAUACUCGCCGUAUAAGACUACCCCUCUUCCAAUGCACACCAAAUAAAAAUUAGCCAUGAUGUACAGUGAGCAGACAGAGCUACACAGCAAGACAUUAAAUAAUGAUAAUCUGAAAUAGCAUUUAAAGCCCAGGUAUGUGCCAGGCUGUUUGGCAUAUAAUCCAUGCCUGCUGGUCUAGCACACAGGAGGCUAAUUGCGAUAUAUUCUUUUUACCUCCCCCCCCCGCCCCCCAAUCCUCCCUACGUUCUUCUCCCCUCCCCUUCCCUGUGCAGAGUGGGUGGCCGAGCUUCUCUUCGUCCUUUCAGUCCGGUUGGGUACCGCGCGGUACAGGAGAUUCAGUCAGUCCAGCCGGGAACAGGUAACUGAAUCUCCUGUACCGCGCGGUACCCGGCCGGACUGACAGGACGAAGAGGAGCUCGGCCACCCACUCUGCACAGGGAAGGGGAGGUGAGAUAAGAGGCAGUGCGGCAGCCGUCUGAGCGCUCUCUAUAGAGCGCUCAGGCGGCUGCAGCAUUAGAAGGGCCGGCUAUGAGGGCGCCCCCGGCAGCUAUAUAGACCCUAUACCCGGCGUAUAAGAUGACCCCCGACUUUGGAGAAGAUUUUCCAGGGUUAAAAAGUCAUCUUAUACGCCAGAAAAUACUGUACUUGCAAUAAGGGAAGCUAAAUAUUUAGGGAGACUGUGACAGUAGUGAAUAAUCUACUGCGAUAUUCAGCAUGUUACCGAUAACCCGUAUCGCCCUUGUAAUUUACUGAUAUUACUGAUUACUCCCAGUCACCCCACGACUUCUGCAUCCAGAAACUCUAGCUGCCAGCCACUGAAGUGCCAUGUUGUGACCUCACAUCACCCCUUUCUGUAAGUCUCUGCAUGCAGAGCUCAGCUGAAGGCAGUUAGUUGAGACAGUGAAUAAUCUACUGCAAUGUACUAGACCUGGCUAACCAUGUAAUAGGAGUGUGAUUGCUGUCACACUCUUAUCAGUAAUUGUAUAUGUUGGGAUCGCAGUGAUACCAGCAUGUACAGACUGGCUGUCUAAGAGCGAUUUGAGUGUGACCGCUGACAGCAAUCCCACUUCUAUCCAGUAACAGCACUUUACAUGCUAAGAUCCCAGUUAUCCCAUCAUGUACCGGCUGCCUGAGAAUUAUAGGAUGUUCUGUUCAGAUUGGAUGUUUGCAUGUUCAGUUAGAACAUGAUUGUGUUACUUUUUGAAAACUUUAAAUUUAAAGAAUAUCGGCACUCUACCCCAUAGGCAACCGAUAAUCGUUAUCGGCUCUGGAAAAAUUAUAUUGGUCGAUCCCUACUAUUGGCCAUAGGAAGAUAAGCAUUCUAGAAAUUCUGUCUCCCAUUGGUGAUGUAGUUGGCCUGAAUAAAGCAAAUGCAAUCUUUUCUCUUUACUUCACCACUUUGUCUGUUUAUAGCAACAGGAGUGUAUUUGCUAAACAGUGAAUUAAAAACCACGUCCAAAAUUAGCUGUCUAGGGAUAAAAAGGUAAUUUUGGACUAAAUAUUUUGAUUCCAUUAAUAAUUCACUCUUUAGUUAAACUCCUUUUCUUUUUCUCAAUUCUCUUUCACUCUCUUUCUUUCUCUCUCUUUUUCUCUCUUUUCAGGUUCUUUACAUCAGAAAACGAAAAAGGUGAGGUUUCUUACUGUAAUGCAUUUUUUAUUUCUUAUUUGCUUUAUUUCUUCUUGUAUUUUAUAAUAGUUUAUGGAGCUUCAAGUCUCUGUCUUCUUUUAAAUGCUAGCUGUGUACUUAAAGGAAUAAUCUUACCACUAAAAAGGAACAGUCUCAGUAGUGGUUAUGGUGUAAAGAGUGCUCUGGUGCCCACCCCAUGUAAUAAAAAAAACUAUUUGUUAAUAGUUUGACAAUAUACAUGUGGUCUGCCAGGUGAUGGAAACUUUCUCCACUGAGAGCUGGUUCGAAGUUUCCAUUUGCUAUAUUGAACUAACCCUUGCGUCACCUGAUGGUUCUCUGCUAAUGAGCUAAUCCCUGCACUUCCUGGCUUAUCUCUAUAGACAGAGCCUCUGACCGCUGUCUAGCAGACAACAGAUAAGUAGCUAAAUCUUGGGCAGAGGGUUUGACUACUUACUUUGGGGAAGGAGGGGCGCUCUAGUGGGUAUUGGGCUUGGAGUGUUCUUUUAACAUACUGCAUAACAAAAUAAUGUAGCUAUGAACCUUCAUGCCCACCUCCCUGUCUGUCACCUUACAAAAUAUUGCACAAAGUGUACAUGCCAUAGAAGUCUUAAGUUACUAGAUACAUUCUCUCAGAACUUUCUGCAAGCAAUCCCGUGCUGCUGCAAGUAACUUCAUUCAUAAAAAAAAAAAUAUAUAAAACCAAUGAACAAGUUAGCAGCUACCUCCGUGCAGCUUCUUUUUUUUUCUUCUCAAGAGCUGAAAGUAUAUUUGGACCUGCAUAGGACUCCUUUUGAAAAUGACAGGAGGAACAGCAUUUGUUAAGAAAUUUUAAAUGAAUCAUAUAUUUUCAUUUGUAUGUUUGAAGGUCAUUUCACUAGCCCAUUGUAGAGACUAUGUUGCAUACCUGUUGCAACUGACCUUCAUUUGCACACAUUUAGUGGAUGACAGGCCUAUCUAAAAACCGGCAGCGAAAGAUAGGGGCAGAUUUUUAAAUUCUAUUCUAGUACAAAAACUAGAAAGACAGUUUUAUGAUAGACAUUUUAAAGAAAAUGCAUCAAUUUUAAAAUGAUUAAUACUUGGGAAAGGAUCUGUAAGUAGGUGAUGUAGAAUUCAAAGGCUGUGCAAUAGAAGAAGUGGUUUGACGUCAACACAUAACAAUGAAUGAAAAAGAUCUAUUAAAAUGGAGCAGCCAUUCCGUAUAGUUGGCUGAGUGGAAAUUGAACAAAGUGAUUAACGUGAUUUUUGAACUUACAUUCACUUACUAUUCUGUUAGCCCAACUUACAGAUUUUAUUUUUAUUUUUGCCUGCCGCACAAUGUUUCUAUGACAUGAAGAGUAAGUCUAAUAAUUCUAUCAUUGCCUUCCUCUACUGCUCCCAGCCUUAACAAACCACUAUAGUCACUAAAAAAACUUUUUGGGCUUUAUGAAGCAGUUAUGGUGUGUAGAUCAUGCCCCAUGCAGUCUCACUGCUCAAUUAUCUGCCAUUUAAAUAAUUUUGUUAAUGCAGCCCUAGUCAUACAUCCCUGCAUGUGACUUACACAGCCUUCCUAAACUCUUCCUUUAAAGAGUUAUCUAAUGUUUACACUUCCUUUAUUGUAGUGUUUAAUUUAGAAUUUCUUAUCUCCUGCUCUGUUAAUAGCCAUCUAGACCCAGCAGGACCUUCCUGUGUUUGAAAAAAGUUUAUUUGCAGAGCAGGACACACAAACUCAUAAAGCAAGUUAACAUCUGGUUGACAUUCUAAAAAUGCUAAUUUCUUUUCAUGCAGAUUGUGUCAGUCACUGCUAGAGAAGGUGUGGCUAGGGCUGAAUGGACAGAAACAGGUGAUUUGACUCUUAAAUAGCAGAGAAUUGAGGGCCGCAUGAUCUAUACACCAAAACCACUUCAUUAAGCUAAUGUUUUUAGUGUCUCUUUAAGCUCAUUUUUGUGAGAUCUGCUAAUUGCCAUUAUUUCCUCUUCCCACAGGCUGGAAAAGCUCCGCCAUCAAUUGAUGCCAAUGUAUAAUUUUGACCCAGCUGAAGAACAGGAAGAUCUUGAACAAGAACUGCUGGAGCCUAAUAGGGACCAACAGCCGCAGGGCAAGGUAUUUAUCUAUAAGUAUAUUCUGUACAUGUGGCACUUUCAUUGUAUGGAAGAGAAAGGCAGUAAUGUUAAAGGGACACUGUAGGCACCCAGACCACUCAGCUCAUUAAAGUGGUCAGGGUGCAAUGAUCUAUGUCCCUUAAUUCUACAGUGGUAAUUAUUGCAGUUUCUGAAAAACGGCAAUAAUUGCCUAGCAGGGUUAAUGUCUCCUGGUAGACAGCCACUAAAGGGACUUCUGGGUGCCUAGGCGACUUUUGGUAGUCUAAAUGACACUGGACGUUCUCACGCUAUGCAUGAGAACUUCCAGCGUCACCGGAAUUCCCAUAGGAAAGCAUUGAUUAAUACUUUCCUAUGGGGAAAUCCUAGUGAGAGUGACCCAGCGCAGAGGGACAUCGUGGCUGGAUUCAGCAGGGGGGGGGGACUGUAGGAUUCUAUAGUGCCAGAUAAACGGCUUUGUUUUCCUGGCACUAUAGAAUCCCUUUAAAACCCCUAUUCAUUGCCAUGUCAAACUGUAUGCUUGUUUGAUCAACGCCUCAGCCCUCUCCUCAUUGAUUUAGCAAAAAAUAAUUUGUCAGUUGUGUUUUGUUUACAUGUUGCAUAACCAUUAGACAUGACUGAAUAAUAUGUUAGUCCAUUAUCAAUAACAUUAUUUUAGUAAUUCUGUUCAGGGGUAUGCAUUAUGUGACAAGCUGGAAGAAUUGUCAUUGUGUAAAUUCAGCAGCAUGUUGUGUUUUUGUUUUGUUUUUUUGUUUGUUUUUUUGAUGGUCAGAGUGAUUUUGCUGAGGGUCGGUAUGUGUUUGUGUGAAAGUGUGUGAAUGCCAGAGGGUAUUCUUUUUUGGAGGGUCUGUGUGUGUGUGUGCUGUGUCAUGUCUUUCAUAUGAUCUAAGUGUGUGAAUGCUGAGGCGUGUUUUUCGUCGUCAUUUUAAAAAAAAUUUAUUUAAAGUGAAAUAUGUCCUGUAUUCGCAAAGUGAAAGAGGAAUAUUACUGCACCUAGUGUGCCUGCAGUCUGGUUGCACACUAGGUGCAGUCUGCUUGUUUAAACUAUAUGCAGAGAAUUGAUUUAACAGGUGUGGGAGGGACCAUAUCUCUCCAUAAACAUACCAGAACAUGUAUAAUUUUUUUUACCAUAAUUGGGAUUAAUGUAUUACUGUCAACAUGGACUCUUGUGCUGGAACCUCUAAGAAAGAGACCCAUAAGUUCAGCCACUUAACUUACAAUAUUCAUCCUCAGUAGAAAUCGAAAUAUUUCUGAGCUACACCCACUAUCAGACAUUCCAACACUGCUCUUUGAACAAUUUCAAUUCUUGUAACCAGCCUGCCUUUGCUUAUUAGAGCUGUAAUCGUGAUCUCUAGACUGUGAGUACAGUCAGGCAAACAGAUUUUGAGAUCCACUAUUAGGGCCAGAGUUAGGGACAUUUUUGCUUUCCAGGUUUUUUCACUGUGGUGUACACAAAUAUGAUAGCAUACAAUAUGUGUGGUGUAUCCCACAUUGUAAUAGGCAAAUCUUUCAGCCACAUAUUUAUGGUUCAAACUUAUCAUCCAACCUCAACCUAAAAUAUCUGAGUGCUUUUCAACCACUAGAGCCCCAAACUCAUUGUUCUGUUUGGUUAACGUGUAGAUGGUGCACACUUUGUGGCAUGGAGUACUGUCCUUCUGGAAGUAACCAUUAGAAAUGAUCAUACUGUGGCUGUAAAGGGAUUCUUGUGGUCUGCACCGAUAUUAGAUACAUAUUCAACAGAUACUCCGUUGCUGUUAAGAGACCUAAUGUGCACCAAGGAAACAUUCCUCUUACCAUUACAACACCAGUCACAUGGGCAGGAGAGGUCCAUGGAUUUAACAAUCAUUCAUCUGUAUAGAGCAAAGUCAACAAAGCUAGGUUAUGGAAUGCUAAAAUAAACAUGGCCUUGAAAGUGCAUCAUUGUAUCCUGCAGUCAUCAGAGCAAAUUGAUUAAAAUGAGAUUAGUCUCCUGGUGUAAUUCAUGAAAAAUAGAUAAAUACAAUCUCAAAGGACCAGAGUUCUUUUGAUAUAUAGCGUGUUCUAGCAUGAACAUUUAAUGGCUUGUACUCGUGCCAUGAGAAAGUUCAUGACCAUUGCAUCGCUAUGACUGCUAGGAUUGUACUGUAGGUAUAAACUCUACAGCUGGAAACCUCCACAAGCUACAAGUGUAGCAACUCAGUGCUAGUAAUUAGACUGAAAUGCUACAAGAUGUUUUAUGUAAUGUCUCAGGUAAGUUAUGUACAAAAUUAACUGUUUUUCACAUGGGAUAAUUGUAAAAGGAGUUUAGUAAGGAGUAGUGUUAAGUUAGAUCUGAGAUCGCAAUGUGUGAAGUAAAGGGAAGAAACGAUAGGAGGGGGUGUAAUGUGCUUUUGAGCAUCUACCGGUAAAGGCCUGACCUAUUUCAUAUGUUUUCUUAUCCCCUCUAAUUAAUAGUUUUCAGCUAUAUAGACUUUAGUAUAUAUGUACAUACAUAUAUCUCUACCUUACUUAGUCUAACUGACCUGUACUGUAAUAUAUUCUCGAUUUUGUAUAGCACAGUGGUAAUGUCACCAACUUUAAACUGGGAACCACAGGUUCGAAUUCACGGUCCGACUGCUGCACCAGUAAGUGUUCCUGGGCAAGACACCUAAUGACAUAUAGCAUGUCCACCUCAAUGCUACUACAACAGCAGACCCAAUGAGAGAGGCUACAUGAAAUGUAUGUGGGAGCUAUGGAUGAAUAAGAGCCAUCAUCUACCCCAACACCAAAACAGCUGGUUACCUAACAUUUGAACAUCUUCAAUAGGAAUCUUGUGUCACAACUGGAAAUAAAUGGACUACAGAAGAAAUCAACCAUACACCAUGAGGAGGAAGAAAUUUUACAAAAUUCACAUUCUUACCUGCAGUGAAUUGUCAAAUGGAUCCAUAACAGACAUAAGGGAAAUUAUCCUAGAAAAACUAGCAGUCGUUAACCUGUGGACAAGACUACCGAAGAUCACUGGAAAGCAACCACCAGACCGCAUACUAGCUGCAGUUAAACAAACAGGCUCAUAUAUGCCACAGCAUUAGUGGUCCUCCAGCUACUUGACUACAAGAUCAGGCUCAAAGAGAAGCAAUGCCUAUCAUGGAGACCCAGUGGCUACUAGACCUGAAAGCAGACCACUGCAUGCUGCCAGAACAGGAACCAGUCAAAGAUAUCUAACAGAGAGCAGCACACAUGAAGACCUGGUCAGCCCCAGGAGCUGACAGGAUCCAUAACUACUGACAGGAUCCACAACUACUGGAUAAAGAAGUUAACAGGCCUCCCCUUAAACUCCUGUGCCUCCCCACAACAUGGAAACUCCUAUCAGGCAUCAUAGCCUCCAAGAUCGAAGGAUAUAUAUGAGCAAUACUCAGAAGGGAAUUGGAAACCACACUAACUAUUAGUAGACCAAGCAGUCACAAAGGAUUCUAAGACUGUGUCAAUUGGCCUGGAUUGAUUAUGACACAAUGCCACACACCUCUCUACAAGGUCAGCAAGACAAUAAGAGCCUUCAUCAAGAACUCUAUGGGCAAGUGGAAAACAACUCUAGAAGCCAAUUCCAGGACAAUAACUCAAGGUCAUGCACUAUCCCCAAUGCUGUUCUGCAAAGACCUCAACCCCCUUAGUCAAGUCAUCAAGAAGAGUGGAUACGAAUACAGGUUCAAGAAUGAAGAGUUGCCAUCAGCCAUCUACUCUACAUGUACGACAUCAAGCUGUAUGCCAAGAAUGAGUGGGACAUUGACUCACUGAUCCACAGCAAGGACAUCGGAAUGUCGUUCGGAAGCGCGGGCGGAUGAUAGCAAAAAGAGGGAAGAUGAUCAGGACAGAAGGAGUUGAAGUUGCAGAAGGCCAAAUAGGAGAUGUAGAGAACAACUACAAGUACCUGGGGGUACCAUAAGCGCAUAGCAACCAUGAAGAAGAGUGAAGGAAGACCGCAACAUCCAAGAACCUCCAAGGAGUCAGACAGGUCCUGAAGUCCCAGCUCAAUGGCAAGAACAAGAUCAAAGCCAUCAACAUAUAUUUCCUACUGGUCAUCAGGUACCCAGCUGGAAUAAUAACCUAGCCAAUAGAAGAACUGGUCACCAUGGAUGUCAAGACCAUGAAACUACUCACUAUGAAUGGAGGAUUCCACCCAAAAUCCAGCACACAGAGAUUGUACACCUGCCGGAAAGAAGGAGGUCGGGGCCUGAUGAGUGUCAAGGCCACAUUAUGAAGGAUGCAGAAAAAGAGGAGGUUCCUUGGCAAGACAAACCUCUCCAUGGCAGAUAGUGGAUGUGGCUCACAUGAAAAAAAAAAAUCAUACCAGUGGUUGGAAAAGGCAGGACUGAAAGACAGCACUGAGGCACUAAUCCUAGCAGCACAUGAGCAGGCACUCAGCACCAGAUCAAUAGAAGCAGGAGUCUACUACACCAGGCAAAACCCAAGGUUCAGACAGUCCAGCACCUAGUAACCGGAUGUAAGCAUGAACAGCAUACACGGAGAGCCACAACCAAGUUGCUGGGAUUGUGUACCGAAACACCUGCACAGAAUAUGGAUUGGACCUGCCUAAGUCCAGAUGGGAGAUACUACAGAGGGUAGUUGAGAAUGACAGGGCUAAGAUCCUGUGGGACUUCAAGAUCCAGACAGACCAGCAAGGGCUGGCCAACCGACAAGACAUCGUGGUGGUAAACAAGGAACGAAAGACUGCAGUCGUGGUGGAUGUGGCAAUACCCAGCGACUAUCACAUCAAGAAGAAGGAAUAUGAGAAGGUGGACAAAUACCAAUGACUGAAAGAAGAACUAGAAAGGAUGUGGAAAGUGAAGGCAGUAGUAGUCCAGUUGUGAUCGGGGCUGUGACUCCCAAGUUGGGGCUGUCCAGAAGAGUGCAGUUCUAGGAGAUACUGUGCAGAACCCUCAAACUCCCAGGCCUCUGGUAGAUGACCUGAGAAUGAGAAAUAAACAUACCACACAGGAGGGGUGAGAAAAUCUAAUUUAAAAAAUAAAAAAUAUAAAUAUCUAUCUAUACUAAAUGCAAUUAGACACAACCAUUGAAAGAUUUUAUUUGUGAUGGUGGUGGUUUGUGCUGUGCAAUUUGUUUUGCAAUUUGCACUUUGAAAAUCAUUUUUUGUUGCCUGUGAUCCUUUUCUGGUACGCUAUUUAGCGUUCCUGCCAUUAGCUUAGCAUUUGUGAGUUUAAUACUUUUUUUUUAAAGAGACACAAUAGGCAGGAAAUAAGGGGACACUAUAGACACCAAAGCCGCUAUAGAUUAAUGUAUUAAUUAUGGGGCAAAUAGCCUUUUCCUGCUGGCUCAGCAGUGUAAACAUUGAGGUUUCUGUGAAAAUGCAGUAUUUAAACUGCUGUCUAAUGUCACUUCUAGUGGCUGUCACACGGGUAGUACUUGGUUCAGUGCUUGGUUCAGUGCUGCAAAGAUUGCAGGUCAAGCUUUCAACGACUCCACACUAUGUAAUGUAUGUAUGAACACUCCCCAUAGAGAUGCAUUAAUUCAAUGUAUCUCUAAGAAGAUGCUGUGGCGAAAGUAACCUCGCCACUGGUUUUUGGAGGGGCCUGUUUGCCAGCCUCAUACCCUGUGACUAUGGCCCCUGUGUUAAACCCUGAUUAAAACCACUGUGUGUGUCUUUUUGGACUUGUAUGGCCGCACUUCGAAUUACUAAACAACUGCAUGAACCAGAGACCACCCUGGAGCUUGUUAACACCUAUUAAAAACUUGGAACGUUUCUCACAGAGUGUUCUAAUUGUUCUUCUGGGUGGCCGCAACUCCUAUGGACAACCAUGAGGUGGCGGCCAUCUUGUUCGCAUGAACGCAGGCAGCGGUGUUUGGGCAUGAAUCUCAUGGAACUAAAAUCGGACACAGAAACUCCUGAACACCGCUGGACCUCCAUCAUCGCCUGCGUUCGUUUCUAUACAAGUUAGAAGGGCACUGUUCUGUGAAAUCAUUCGUCUGGAUGAGGGGAACAAGCUCCAGGGUAAGACUAUUGACUCUGUUCGGUAGUUUGUUCGUUUUCAAACUACCGAACUAGACCGACCACAAGCCCUGAUUCUCUGGAACUGUUUUGGGCAUGGGACCAUGCCUGCGGUCGGUCAAAUAAAUGACUUUCAUAGAAUUCCUGAACUGAUCUGGGUGAUUUUUGGAUAUGUUGGUCACCCAGAUCAGAGCUAUCGGGAUGUGAUGUGUUGUGGAGAUAUUAUGUUAUUUGGGGUACUUUUGGGACUUUAUAGAAAUGUGUUUUUUCUCUGCCUGGAGAUAAUUGGGUUAAUACAGUAGCUGACUCCAUUACCUCCCAGGCAGAGGGGAGGGAUUGUAUGCGAUGUUUGGUAGUGUCGUGCACUGGAAUAUUGUUCUUAUUGGUUUGUGAAUAUUGUAACUCCGUUCCCUGUGUGUGCGUACCCCUUGCAUGGGGAUUGUCAUAUAAGGCCAAGUGUGGCAUCAUUAAAAUUAGUUCCUCUUCACCCUCAACAUAGAGCCUCGUCUCAUGUGUGGAGGGGACAGCUAUAUUCACUCUGGGGAUUGCUAUACUCAUUAUACUCCCCUGGGUUCUAAUCACUAGCUCUUAUAAGAGCUGUUCCUGCUAUACUCUCCGGAGUAGGAGAGGUUCAACUACUGAAAGCUGGAUACUGGUCUUGGGUCCAGGGUGGGUGGAGGACGGCGAGACCCCAGCCAAGCUGUGGCGGUUUGUGGGGUCUAUGGUGCUGAUGGUGUCAAGUGGAGUGCUUGGAGUCCUCGGUGAGCACUAGGAGCAUCAAUUUGAUGGAGGCACCCAGUCGAGAUGCCAGGUGGUCCGUCACAGAUGCCAAUUGAAGCAGUGCAGCAAUUUGCUGCGCAUGUGCACUAGCCCCCAAUGCAUUACGAAGAGGAUACACUGGGUUGGCUGAGUGGUGAGGGAGAAAAAUGCAGAGCUCUACUGAGUAUGAGUGUGAGAUGAGACCUGAAAGAAAGAGAUGGAAAGUUAUAUGAAGGUAUUUACACCUGGGGGGAGAAUAGGAAAGAGGGGGAGGAGGUAGCUAUGUGUUAUCUCCACUGAGUAUGAGAUGAGGCCUGAGGGUUAUUGGAUUUGCUGCAGGAUGUUAAAUUUUUGUUCUUAUCCCAUAAACUUCUGUCUAGGCGAGAUGUAUGAAUAAGUAGAUAAUCUCUCCCCCCCCCCCCGCCACAGUUCCAUGAUGUAAAACCUUCUGCUUUGUCAUAUUCAGGGGGCAUACUUACAGUGUACUUUAUACCAGUAAUGUCUGUAUUUAUUGCUCUUCAAUGGGGGGACUAAAGAUGAAAAUGAAAAAUCACAUUUUAAUAGCUAAUUAAAAUUUGAUUAUUAAUUGUGAUGGGGUUUUUUUUGUUUUGUUUUUUUUUCUAUUUAUUAGACUCGUACUAGACCAGGAAGAGACCCGACUAAACACAAGUGUCUCAUUCUAGUCUGUCUGUCAAGCAGCGGUUUAUGGCAUAAGUAGUUCAGUCUCCAGAUGCAGUUUCACUUAUCACAUAGAAUGACUGACUGUAACUGUUUAAUAAGUUGUCUGUUCAUAACCAGAUUCUCAGUGACCCACCAACGCCAGACAUCUCCAUCCACACUGCUCACAAUUGUGAUGGAUCUUAGACAGCAAUGGAGGAAGUAGAAUUUCUCCUUCAAAGACACUGGUCCAGAGGGCAGUCUUAUAGCUGCAGUUGUAAUCCACUAUGGGAAGCCACAGGAACAAGAAUAUUCUUUUCACCAUAUCUUUUGCAAUAAGGCAAAGUCUUUAAGGUGUUUAGAGUGACGCUUACGCAUUACAGGCUGUGGCUAAAUUGCUUUUCUGCCAGGGGGCAAGCAUUGCACCCAUGAGUAGCACAUCUAAGGAAGGUGGUUUUUACCGUCUCCUGUAGCAGAAAGGCGGUUUGCUGGCAGAGUCUUAAUACAUUUUUUAUGUCCGUAUGUAUCUUCCCUACCUGUUUUAACUAUGUCUAUGUGUUCCCAGGUCCUACUCACCAGUCUGUGCCCCCUACAGAGACCCACCCGCCUGGUUUUUACAGACGUUGCCAACUCUAUCAGCGCCUAAAAGAGGAUUCACUAUUGAACAGUGAGACAUUCAGAGCUUGGGUAUCAGUGUCCCUGUGACUCACCAUGCCAAAAAGAGGAUUCACUUUUAAACAGUGUGACAUACACAGAGCCUGGGUAUCAGUGUCACUGUGACUCACCAUGCUGGUUUGUGUCACUGUGCCCUGGACGAUUUCCAUGGAAGGAGGAGCCUCGGCAGACCCUGACAUACAGCAAUCUCAUGCUGCCACUGCUAAGGGGCCAGUAAUAUUCUGAGCCUGUACAAUGGACUCUGCACCAUCACCUGUGCCACUCUCCAUACAAUUCCAUUCAGAACCUUAGCAUAUUUACACACUGCCUAAAUCCAUUCCAUUGACCCACCCAUUGAUUAACUGAUUAAUUUAUGGGGUCUUCUGCUUAUACAGUGUAUUGCACUGAAACCCAAAUACAUGCUAGUCUACGACAAUGUACAGUACUAUACAAGGAUACACUGCUUUUACUGAACAUCGAAAUACACUGUAAACACUCAGCCAGUACUGGUUUUAGUGUAGUAAACACAAGCCAAUCUGCUCAAGCACUGAUUAAAAUACAUUCCUAAGGCAUGGGCUGCUCAGCCUGCAAUAUAAGGCUGAAGAUAAAGGCACUUACCAUUUAAAACCUUUUUGUAGCUGGUGCACACAUAGGUUCUCCUGCUCACUUGUCCCUGAGUCAGCAUCAGAUAUAAGGAAUCUUGACACUAGGCUUCAGUGUAGUUUAUUCAAGGUUCCAGCAAAGACAGCUGCCAACUCCAACAACCAGGUGUGUUUGUCCUUCUAAGAUAAGGCUGGAGGGCAUUAUGGGAAAUAUAGUUAAGAAAAAUCUGAGUUCCAAGGUUGUCAAUCACUCUUUAUGCCAUGGCACUUAUCACCAAGUCAUGCAGUACACUGUAGAUACACCACUGCUUGACCCACAACAUCCUUUCGUUCACAGUGUGCUUGUUAAAGUCACUGACUCCCAGCUAUCUGAAUUAAGAUGACAUUGCUUGUCUACAUAGACACCGGUGUGUUAACAUGUAUACACCUUGUAGACACUGCUCGGCAUGUGUGCUAACAUUCUGCACUAAUACACAGCACUGUAUAUGGCUGUAUAUGCGAUUGCUCAAGACUUCAAAGCUCUGCAGUGGAAUGAAUGUACUCCACUAUACUUUAAAAUGGCAACGAUAUAAUUAACUGUGCCCUCAAAUUACACCAAUAUACUUAAAACUGAAAUUAAUGUCACGAUUAGCUGUACUGUGUGCUUACAUGGUGCAAUACAACCUACAUUGUACCAGUAUGUAUUGCUGUACAUUCACAUACAUUUUUCACACCACUCCUACAUUAACAAACUACCCCCAAUGCAUUGCUAUUAUAUGUUGCUGUUCAUUAACUCCCUUUUCUCUGCAGUCUUCUGUGCAAUUCACACAGGGCUGGGAAUGUGUGGACUAUUUAUCAACAUGCAACCCUGUUUGGCAGCAAAAACAGGGUUAUUGUGCAUGCAUCAUGGGGACCUCACCUGAUAGACUUUUUGGUAUUUACACUCCGAUCCAACCCACUUAGACAAGUGUGUCCCACAGAUCACAUAUUUAAAGGAUCAGUCCACUUAAGAACUUCAGCUUGCUACAUGUGCUUCUGUGUCUGCAGGCACAGUCCUAUUUGUGACACUUUAUAAAAGUGCCAAUUUCAAUAGUAAUCCGCACUUCUAUAAAACUUUGCAAAAAUGUCGGAUUGGCAGCUGGGGAGGUUUUUCCCGCUUACAUUAGGUGAGCAUAGCUAAAGGAAGUGGUUGGCACACAGGGCUAGCAUGCACCUGUCUUCUCUCCUCAUUGAGAAGUAUAGGAAGCUUUGAUUGCCUGUUCCCUUGCUGGUCCAGCACAGAUGUUUCUUAAUAGGAAGUCUCUGGCGUGUUCCCUGGCACAAUCUAAACAGGUCUGCAGCUUUAGCAAGUUGUUGUUUUUUUUUUUGUUUUUGUUUUUUUCAUAUGCCCCAAAGAAAACAUGCAGAUAAUAUUUAAAAUUGAAUGGAGUGUUCUUUUAAUGAAUUGGACCUAUGACGCUUCAAACCAUUUUAUUUAGGGUCCCACAUACUGUCUACCAGCAUUAGAUGCCAAGAAUCUGAGUGUGGAUUGGAGAGGCUCCAGCUAGGUACUUAAGUGCAAUUUAACCCUUUUUUUGCUGCAGGGUUGCAUUGCUUACUCCUUCAGCAUGAAGGAAAUUAAUUAUUGACUACAUGGCAGAGACUGUGCCCAAGAGAAGCAAGGGGCUAUAAAAGGGUUGCACUGGCAGUGCCAUGCUGCACUAAUUAUUGGCAGGCUAAAGAUUUGAUAUGUAUAUAUUUGAUUUCUCCUGUGCUUCAUUAAAUUCCUCAAACCCACAAAUCUUGAAUCUCUGGCCUCAUUACUUCACUAAUUAACCCUUUAUUACGUUUUUUUUUUUUUUCUCCUCUUGUUAUACAAAUGUAUAUUUUAUUCUGAGAAUGUUACUCAUCAGCCCGUUUCAUUAACCCCUUCUUUCCCCAGUGUGAAGUAAAUGAUGUUGGCUCCCAGGACACAGUAAGAAUCAUAAAAAAAUACAUUUCACUGUGGAAGAAUGGCUUGCUUAUAAUGAGAGCAGGAUUUUAUGUCAUUACCAAGAGUAGAUAAAGGUUAAUCUUUUAUUUCGUGGCUACAGAUGUGAUUUGCUUUAGUUUGUAUUUUCAAUCUUCCAAAUCCUUAUAGAAGAGAAGAUUAAGGGAUUAAUUUUAAGAAGGCUGGAGUGUAAAAAUGCCAGUAUUUUUCUAAUUAGGCCUGUAUUUACUAAGGG